AUGGCGUUUCCGCCCCAACUAACAGAGCCUCGCCCGCCGCUACCCGGGCUACCCAGGGCGCCCGCCGAGAGACUCCUGGGGUUUAUAAUGCCCUAUAAAAUAGUCAGUACGAUUGAAAAGGGCAAGUCAGUUCUCACCGCUGUAACGUCCGCCUGGGAAAAUGAUGGGCGUUUAUUUUGGCCUCUUCUUUCUGCAAUUAAAGUGGAUAAACUACGCCGGAUCGAACAUUCUGAGCCGGAAAAGGAUCGGACAAUUUUAAAUUGCAUAGUAAAAAGAAGAAAUAUGAAUACAUUUGACAGGGCAGAAUUAGAAAUCGAAAACAUGUGUUAUAAUUCUGAUUCAGAAUUGGAUAAUGACAAGACAAAAAGACCGGGCAUAAACAAAAAUACUCAUGAGAUCUUUUUGAUGAUUGUACAGAACCCUCUAAAUAUUUGGCUUCCUCUUCCUUAGCCACGGUAUUUUUUGUUGCACGGGUAGAAUUUGUCGCAGUUACAGUUCGAGUAUUUGGCGGCAGCAUAAACUCGUAUCUCAUUUUCACCGUACGUCUGUAACUUCCAUUACGCUUAAUCUUUUUCCAUUCUUUUAAAUCCAUUUUGAAAUCCGCACAAUUAACUUACGUUACCAUAGAAUAAUACUUGCUGUUAAGCCAUAAAUAAGAGUAAGAUAGGAAUAAAAACCUUUUAAAUAUCAUAUAAAGGCAGUCUAAAAUACUGAACCCUUAUAAAAAAUAUAUAAUUUACCAUUUAGCAAAUGUUAUAUAGAAGUGAUUUUAUUUGCCAAUACAAGGUUGUUAGUUUUAUU